AUGAAGAUCGGGACCCACAGCGGGACCUUCCACUGCGACGAGGUUCUGGCCUGUUUCUUUCUGCGCCAGCUCCAGGAGUACAAGGACGCUGAGAUCGUUCGCACUCGGGAUCCGGAUAAACUGGCAGAAUGUGACAUCGUUGUGGACGUUGGAGGAGAGUUCAACGCUGAGACUCAUCGCUACGAUCAUCACCAGAGAGGUAACGACACCAGAGGUAACGACACCAGAGGUAACGACACCAGAGGUAACGACACCAGAGGUAACGACACCAGAGGUAACGACACCAGAGGUAACGACACCAGAGGUAACGACACCAGAGGUAACGACACCAGAGGUAACGACACCAGAGGUAACGACACCAGAGGUAACGACACCAGAGGUAACGACACCAGAGGUAACGACACCAGAGGUAACGACACCAGAGGUAACGACACCAGAGGUAACGACACCAGAGGUAACGACACCAGAGGUAACGACACCAGAGAGUCCAGGGGCCUCCUGUCCCUCACCUCCUCCACAGAGUCCAGGGGCCUCCUGUCCCUCACCUCCUCCACAGAGUCCAGGGGCCUCCUGUCCCUCACCUCCUCCACAGAGUCCAGGGGCCUCCUGUCCCUCACCUCCUCCACAGAGUCCAGGGGCCUCCUGUCCCUCACCUCCUCCACAGAGUCCAGGGGCCUCCUGUCCCUCACCUCCUCCACAGAGUCCAGGGGCCUCCUGUCCCUCACCUCCUCCACAGAGUCCAGGGGCCUCCUGUCCCUCACCUCCUCCACAGAGUCCAGGGGCCUCCUGUCCCUCACCUCCUCCACAGAGUCCAGGGGCCUCCUGUCCCUCACCUCCUCCACAGAGUCCAGGGGCCUCCUGUCCCUCACCUCCUCCACAGAGUCCAGGGGCCUCCUGUCCCUCACCUCCUCCACAGAGUCCAGGGGCCUCCUGUCCCUCACCUCAAUGUCCUCCCCCUGGAUGUUCAGCAGCGUGUGGGAAAGUGGUUUUCUCCUGAAGUCGAUGAUCAUCUCCUUGGUCUUACUGGUGUUCAAGCAGUCACGUGUCCGUCACGUGUCCGUCACGUGUCCGUCUCGUGUCCGUCACGUGUCCCUCACGUGUCCGUCACGUGUCCGUCUCGUGUCCGUCUCGUGUCCGUCUCGUGUCCCUCACGUGUCCCUCACGUGUCCGUCUCGUGUCCGUCACGUGUCCGUCUCGUGUCCGUCACGUGUCCGUCACGUGUCCGUCACGUGUCCGUCACGUGUCCGUCUCGUGUCCGUCACGUGUCCGUCACGUGUCCCUCACGUGUCCGUCUCGUGUCCGUCACGUGUCCGUCUCGUGUCCGUCUCGUGUCCGUCACGUGUCCGUCACGUGUCCGUCACGUGUCCGUCACGUGUCCGUCUCGUGUCCGUCUCGUGUCCGUCACGUGUCCGUCACGUGUCCGUCUCGUGUCCGUCACGUGUCCGUCACGUGUCCGUCACGUGUCCGUCUCGUGUCCGUCUCGUGUCCGUCACGUGUCCGUCACGUGUCCGUCACGUGUCCGUCUCGUGUCCGUCUCGUGUCCGUCACGUGUCCGUCACGUGUCCCUCUCGUGUCCGUCACGUGUCCCUCACGUGUCCCUCACGUGUCCGUCACGUGUCCGUCUCGUCUCCGUCUCGUGUCCGUCACGUGUCCCUCACGUGUCCCUCACGUGUCCGUCUCGUGUCCGUCACGUGUCCGUCUCGUGUCCGUCACGUGUCCGUCACGUGUCCGUCACGUGUCCGUCACGUGUCCGUCACGUGUCCGUCUCGUGUCCCUCACGUGUCCGUCACGUGUCCCUCACGUGUCCGUCUCGUGUCCGUCAAGUGUCCGUCUCGUCUCCGUCUCGUGUCCGUCACGUGUCCGUCUCGUGUCCGUCACGUGUCCGUCACGUGUCCGUCUCGUGUCCGUCACGUGUGCGGUCUCGUGUCCCUCACGUGUCCGUCUCGUGUCCGUCACGUGUCCGUCACGUGUCCGUCACGUGUCCGUCUCGUGUCCGUCACGUGUCCCUCACGUGUCCGUCACGUGUCCGUCACGUGUCCUUCACGUGUCCGUCACGUGUCCGUCACGUGUCCGUCUCGUGUCCGUCACGUGUCCGUCACGUGUCCGUCACGUGUCCGUCACGUGUCCGUCUCGUGUCCGUCACGUGUCCCUCACGUGUCCGUCACGUGUCCGUCACGUGUCCCUCACGUGUCCGUCACGUGUCCGUCACGUGUCCGUCUCGUGUCCGUCACGUGUCCGUCUCGUGUCCGUCACGUGUCCGUCACGUGUCCGUCACGUGUCCGUCACGUGUCCGUCACGUGUCCGUCUCGUGUCCGUUACGUGUCCGUCACGUGUCCCUCACGUGUCCGUCUCGUGUCCGUCACGUGUCCGUCUCGUCUCCGUCUCGUGUCCGUCACGUGUCCGUCUCGUCUCCGUCUUGUGUCCGUCACGUGUCCCUCACGUGUCCCUCACGUGUCCGUCUCGUGUCCGUCACGUGUCCGUCUCGUGUCCGUCACGUGUCCGUCACGUGUCCGUCACGUGUCCGUCACGUGUCCGUCACGUGUCCGUCUCGUGUCCGUCACGUGUCCCUCACGUGUCCGUCACGUGUCCGUCACGUGUCCCUCACGUGUCCGUCACGUGUCCGUCACGUGUCCGUCUCGUGUCCGUCACGUGUCCGUCACGUGUCCGUCACGUGUCCGUCACGUGUCCGUCUCGUGUCCGUCACGUGUCCGUCACGUGUCCGUCACGUGUCCGUCUCGUGUCCGUCUUGUGUCCGUCACGUGUCCGUCACGUGUCCGUCUCGUGUCCGUCUCGAGUCCGUCUCGUGUCCGUCUCGUGUCCGUCACGUGUCCGUCACGUGUCCGUCACGUGUCCGUCACGUGUCCCUCACGUGUCCCUCACGUGUCCCUCACGUGUCCCUCACCUGUCCCUCACGUGUCCGUCACGUGUCCGUCACGUGUCCCUCACGUGUCCGUCACGUGUCCGUCACGUGUCCCUCACGUGUCCGUCACGUGUCCGUCACGUGACGGUCACGUGUCCGUCUCGUGUCCGUCACGUGUCCGUCUCGUGUCCGUCACGUAUCCGUCUCGUGUCCGUCUCGUGUCCGUCUCGUGUCCGUCUCGUGUCCGUCUCGUGUCCGUCACGUGUCCGUCACGUGUCCGUCUCGUGUCCGUCUUGUGUCCGUCACGUGUCCGUCACGUGUCCGUCUUGUGUCCGUCUCGUGUCCGUCUCGUGUCCGUCACGUGUCCGUCACGUGUCCGUCACGUGUCCCUCACGUGUCCGUCACGUGUCUGUCACGUGUCCGUCUAUUGUUUGAUAUUUUACAGUAAAUAA